AUGGCAGCCGAUGAUAAGGUUGCCAUUUUAACCGACGACGAAGAAGAACAAAAGAGAAAGUAUGUGCUUGCUGAUCCUUUCAAUGGCAUUUCCAAGGAUCAGGACUUGCCACCCCAUAACGAGUCCCCUUCAACAGAGACAACCACUGUCCCGGAUGAGGAGCUAGACUGGUUAGAAAAGCACUGCGUCAAAAUAAACAAUGAUCUCCUCAUCUCAAAGGUCUUCUAUUUUUUCUUCUAUUCUGCAUAUGGCUCCCUGUACCCCUUGCUGCCUGUGUACUACAAGCAGCUGGGUAUGUCACCCAGUCAGAGUGGACUUCUGGUGGGCAUCAGGUACUUCAUUGAGUUCUGCAGUGCUCCCUUCUGGGGCGUGGUGGCAGAUCGCUUCAAGAAAGGGAAGAUUGUCCUCCUGUUUUCUCUUUUAUGCUGGGUUUUAUUUAACCUAGGGAUCGGAUUUGUUAGACCAGCCACGUUAAGAUGCGUACCAAGGGGCCUCCCCCCAGCACACCCCACCAAUGCAAGCAGCCUGUUCACAACAGCUUCGCAAAACAUCUCGAUGUCUUCUCCACUCACCACUGCCAGCACCGCAUCCCCGAAAGCUCGUGGGAAGAGAGACCUGCUCACUUCCAGCCCGGUCGCUUUGGAAACAACAGGGACAGCUAAUCCUGAAGUAACAUUCCUGUUACCUACACAGAGCAGUGAUGUGGAGUUUGUCUUGGAAAACAGUACCCAUCUUACUUUGAAAAACACCACCACUAGUUCACCAGGGAACAUGACUCCAAGUACCCUGCCAGCUGCCGUCACCACAAAGCCAAUGCCUUCUGACCAAGCCGUGCUCGUUUAUGAUCAGCAAGAAGUAGAAGCCAUCUUUCUACUCAUUCUGCUGGUUGUCAUCAUAGGAGAAUUCUUCAGUGCUUCCUCUGUUACUAUUGUGGACACUGUAACUCUGCAGUACCUUGGCAAACACAGGGACCGGUAUGGAUUGCAGCGUAUGUGGGGGUCUCUGGGCUGGGGGCUGGCCAUGCUCUCUGUGGGAAUUGGCAUUGACUAUACCCAUACAGAAGUUAGCAUUGAAGGUCAAGGAUGCAAAGCUCCUGAGUACAAGAACUACAGGAUAGUGUUCAUCGUUUUUGGUGUUCUGAUGACAAUGGCGUUGAUCGUGGCCACCCAGUUUCGAUUCCAUUAUGCGCACUUCAAGCAAGAUGAAAGCAAGAGAAAAGAGGUAGAAAUCUCACAGGUGGACAGAAAUGCCUCCAGCGAAUCCUCUGAUAACACUCCUACCAGUAUGACCCAGUCACAGUCAUUCAGUUUUUGGGACCUAAUAAAACUGCUGUGUAGUAUCCAGUAUGGCUCAGUGCUCUUUGUGGCAUGGUUCAUGGGGUUUGGAUAUGGCUUUGUGUUCACCUUUCUGUACUGGCACUUGGAAGACCUGAAUGGUACCACCACGCUCUUUGGAGUUUGUUCUGUGCUCAGUCAUGUGUCUGAGCUGACUGCCUACUUCUUCAGCCACAAAUUGAUUGAACUGGUUGGUCAUAUCAGAGUGCUUUACAUUGGUCUUGCCUGUAAUACAGCUCGAUACAUUUACAUCUCGUAUCUGGAAAAUGCUUGGACUGUUCUCCCAAUGGAAGUACUUCAAGGUGUCACGCAUGCAGCUAUCUGGGCAGCCUGUAUUUCGUACCUGAGCGCGGCAGUGCCUCCGGAGCUGAGAACGUCAGCCCAGGGAAUCCUGCAAGGUCUUCACUUGGGUCUGGGCAGAGGCUGCGGGGCUAUGGUUGGAGGGGUUUUGGUCAAUUACUUUGGUCCUGCUGCCACAUUCAGAGGAAUAGGGAUGGCUUGUUUAGUGAUUCUUCUUCUAUUCGCCCUGAUCCAGUGGCUGUUGGUUCCUGAUGAAGAAGAAGAAAAGACAAUGCUCGCAGAAAGGAUCCCAGUGCCUUCCAGUCCUGUUCCCAUAGCAACUAUUGACCUUGUACAGCAGCAGUCAGAAGAUAUCAUGCCCCGGACUGAGCCCAGACUCCCUGUAAAGAAAACUAAACACCAAGAAGACCAAGAGGAUGUGAACAAGCCUGCCUGGGGCAUCAGCUCUUCUCCUUGGGUCACCUUAGCUUAUGCUGUCUACCAGAUCAAAGAGAUGGUGAAACUAUCCAAAACCCAUCCAACUCCCGAGAAUCAGCCUUUGCAGAAAAUCCAUGAGAAUUGCAGUGCUUCAUCAGCCAGCUCAGCAAGACAACCCCAAAAUCCGACAGAUUCUGGGCAGUCCAGCAAUUGUUCAGCACCAACACCUACAGCAACAUCAGAUUCCCAAGUAGAUGGCGACCGCGUUGUGUCGGAUCAUGAUGCUCAGCCUGCUGCUGCAGGGCCCUGAGAUGCGCUCAUCUUAUCAAAUCCAGUGCAUGGAAUUC